AUGAAGUACUCGAGUUUUUGGAGACCGCGAUCGGUGCUUCAUUUCUGUCGUCUUGUGCUUUUUCUGGGACUGGCGAUUUUGUUCGUGGUGGUUUGCUGUUGGGAACCGCAUGUGGAGAUUACGUUUUAUCCGCGAAGUUGGAUUGCGCGGGAGGUACUCCCUAUAGAGCCGCUUGCAGGGUGUUUUGACCCUAUGCGAGUGUCGCCGAGGUAUAAUUUAUCGCAAUUACACGCACCAAAGCGGUAUGAAGUACAAGCGGGCAUGCCUAUGCAACUUGGUCUCGAUUGUUAUGAUUUUGCUGGGACUUUACAACCUCAACCUCGACGUCCGCCUUUACCGGGUGAAUCUCCACCCGAACGUGUCAACUUCCAUACAUACUGGCGAACAGACCUCGUACCAUUCGGCGAACGUCAGGAAUGGAUGGUAAAAUCCUUCUUCGCCACACAGGACCUCGCACAUGCCCGACUUAUUUUAUGGUCGAAUGGGGACCUACGAAGUAACGAGAUGGUACGUCGUUGGACGAGGAAAUAUCCUGAUGCGUUUCAACUUCGGAUUGUCGAUGUUGAGAACUUGGCGAAAGGAACUGCGCUAGAGGGGAGUGAUCUGCUUUAUGCGAAGGACAGUAAAGCUUGGGUGGAUGGUGACCUUGUGAGGUUGCUUGUCACUUGGGCGUAUGGUGGUGUGUGGAUUGAUAUGGAUUCGUUGCUUACGCGGGACCUUUCGCCUCUACUCGAACAUGAAUUCGUUACUCAAUGGGAUUGUUACGACAAAAUAUACCAACCAAUGAACGGCGCAGUAAUGCACUUCAAACAACACUCUCCCUACCUCUGCGAAGCAUUCGAGAUCAUGGCCCGUUCCCCACCCCCCAAAUCCGGAACGACUGAAUGGGGGUCGCUCUUAUACUUCAAACUCUGGCGGCGACUCAUCGCAUCAAGCAUCCCACCCUUCAAAAUCCUACCGUUUUGCUUUACGGACGGCCGUUCUUGUCGACUCGAUAAUCGACUCCCCGACCCGUUCGCAAAGGACCGCGCUACGUGGGCCGGGAUGCGCGGAUUACACGAGGGAGGACCGUUAGACCAGGCAUUGGGUAAGAUAUUUUCGGUACAUUUGCAUAAUCAGUGGCAUAAGAGUUUUCCGAGAGGUGGAUGGGUGGAGAGGCUUUUGUUGAAGAGGUAUGAUCGAGCGUUGGGGAUUGAGGGGUCUCCGUUGCAUCAUUUACACCAGGCUGGGGAGAAGCCGUUCAUCCUCCUUGAGAAAGAUGAUGAUUAG